AACUACGAGGCUUUAAUGAGCAAUGCGAGCCGUCGAGAGGUCUAUUUAUGAAGUAUUUAUUACUAAUAUUAGUGCCCGACCACCAGCAGACCUCUCCCCGACUCGUUUCAAAUCUUCCCGCCGGAGGAGGAACCCUCACGCGUCUUGUAGCGCUAAUAAUAAUGGGGCGAGCUUGAAGGCUGAUUUAUCGCGGCUUCAGAAUAUAAUAUUAAAUGCUUAUCGGCUCUCAAUUGGUGAUACCUGAAUCAGAGCAGAUGUUACUUUGCGAUGAGAAUCACCUUGAGCUUAUUUUUGUUCAAUAUUAUUAUGUACUUGUUGGUGCAACGUCAGUAACUUGUAUAUAUGUUAACACACUGUUGUCGUCAAAGGCGAGAAACGGAUUAAUCCUAUACGCCCUAACAUCAGUAUGCGUAUUCUUUAUACUGCUCUCUAUACAUUUCCAAAGGUGUUGACAAGGAGACUUUGUCUAACAGUCAAGAGUUUCUGUAGUUGGCGAUCAUUUUCCUUACGCUCGUGACCUUCAUGUUUGGUUCAGGGGUAGUAUUGUAAAGCCAAAUUAGAUGCUACUCACCCCAAGGAGUUAAAAAUUGAUUUUAAAAUGUCAUUGCACACUGAGUCCAACGUUUCUGAAGUAUCACAGGACCACUGCUUGACAGGCUUCAUCCAUGUGCAUUACAUGUCGACUUGUCUCAAAGCUUAACUUCGUUUCUGAAUAUGCUGUUACUUCUUAUUUUGAACAACUUUAACGAGUGUGAAGUUUUUUUUCGCAUACCUAAGACAUGCUAGCUUUCUCUUGCGACUACAAGCAGCGCGUUCUCUUAAGGACUUGAUGAUUCCGCUGAUUGCAAAUCUUAAUUCUGAAGAAAGCGGAUGUUGAGCGUCUAAAUCAAAUAGAAAACCCUUAAUAAUUUCUUUCAUAGCUCUGCUUUAUUUUGCUACUUCAGUGUCUCGUAUUACACGUAACAAAGCGCGCUUUACCAGAAAGGGAUGAUAACCUUAGCAGCGUAAGACAUACAGUAUCUCAAUUUCACAGAUAGAUUUAUUAACUGAAAAAAAAAAACAAACAAUUAAUGGUGUAUUGCAAACACCUGUAAAAACUAAUAAAAUCUCCGAUUAGGGUGUUAAUUUUAAUAUUUACCUUUUACAACGUUGCAUGUGGUUGUCUGCCUCAGUGGGACGGACCAUUGUCACCUUGCAAGUUUUCAUUUAGGAUGAGUUAGCGUGCUGUUUUGAAGCUAUUAUUGAUUUGGAAAUUGAUACGAAUUGAAUGAGGUCGUUACAAUUUGGAACGCAAAAUUGAAAUCGAUCAACAGUUUUUUUCUAAUUAAAAGUAAUUUGGGCACGUCAAUGCAUGUAAAGAGAUCAGGAGUGUUUUAGUGAUUCUGGAGCUGCAGGCUUUGAUCACGAUUCUAAAAACAAUCGCAAGAUAUCACGUUUCUAUUUCUUAUUUGAAAGUUGUGUUCAGCAUAACUUGCAUUUCCUUUAAAAUUGUCAAGCAGAAGUCUUAAUCACUCAUUCAAUGAGACAGCCGAACAAAGCGCCGUGUGACAUCACAUUUCUUAUUGAUAUUAUAAAGGUUGUUUACUUUUAAAGGACUUCUCCGAUAUUAAAAGUCGGUAGGGCCAAUUUGUAGUACCCUGAUCCUCUUUGAUGUCAUAUACUCUGCCCGCCUGGAGACUUACAUUGUGAAACGCCAUCUGAUCACCCAACCAAGUGAAAACCUGAUGGCUAAUUCAACUAUAGAGAGGACCUACGAAUCUCACCACCCGCCCGAACUAAAAAUUCUCUUCUACACUGCUUUCAUCAUUUCUCUCCCUCUAACUGUAUUCGGAAAUGGUCUCGUCAUAUUAGCAGUUGUUAUUAAUAAGAAACUCCGUUCCGCCACCAAUGCUCUGAUAGUGAGCCUGGCCUUUGCUGAUUUGCCUGUUGGUCUGGUGAUCUUCCCUCUUAUUUCCUUGACACAGAUAUACGGGCCAAAUCUACACUAUGGCAAGCAGUUGUGCAACACAACGAUCUUCUUUACUGAGGUGUUCCUGAGCGCCUCGUGUCUUCAUUUGUUAUUCAUUAGCUUGGAUAGGUAUCUAGCAAUCAAUAACGCUCUUCGUUACCACGCUAUCGUCACCGCAAGACGUAUCGCUUACGUCAUAGCCUUCAUUUGGACUUUGUCCGUGCUCGUGGCUGUGUUUCCUUUCCUUGGUUGGCGGGACGUCCGGCCUCGUUCCCAGGGAGGCUUUUGUCAGUAUCACCUGAACCUCGCUCCCAGUUUUAUUCUUUUUCUGCAUAUAACCGUGUGCCUGACACCACUGACCAUCACAUGUCUGGCGUACUGUAAGAUAUUCCAAGUAGCUCGACAGCAGGCUCAGAAAAUCGCCGUUAUGACGGUUAGUGGAAGUGAACAAGAAAAACGCCGUAAGAAGCUGGAAAAAGAGCGUAAAAUUACUCUAUCGGUUGCGGUUGUUGUUGGAGUGUUCAUCCUCUGUUGGGGGCCGCUUAAUGUCAUGCUCAUCGUUUACUGUGUAUGUCAUAGCUGUGUCUCUUCUCUUGCUAUCGAGGCAGCGGAAGUGUUCUCCAUGUUAAACUCUGGCUGUAAUCCACUCAUCUAUGGAACUUUUAACAAGGACUUCCGCAGGACCUUUAAGGCUAUGUUACAAUGCCGCUGGCGUCAAAUCAACCGUGAAGAGAUCGAGGGCUCAACCCAAGUGGCUAUGCGCGCGUCGAAGGACUCAGUGGAAAGUGCGAAGUGAAAAUUAUCAGAUACAACAAACAGAAGUCGGUUCACUACGAUUUUCAUUUCGAUUACCGGAGAUGAUUUUUAAAUCUCAAGUUGAAACGCACAAACGAAAAAAAAAAAAAAGAUUUAAUGAAAUCCGUUAAGAAGGAAUUCCAAGGAUCAGUGAUGCGGUUAUGAGCUGCUUUUGAAAUUUAAAAGGGACGCUGCAGAAUUAAAUAUAUCUACAUAACAAUG